AUGGAGGAGGCGAGUAUUCCUCCAACGUCCGAGGAAAUCCCCAUGGAAACGCCCUCGGGUGGGAUACGAGCAGUGAAACGCGAGCUGCUCGAGUGGUUCCACUCACCCAUAAACCGGUCUCUCCUCAUCUUCAAACUCUUCUACUUCCUAUUCUACGCCGCUUUCGGCUCACUCUUCCCUCUCCUAUCAAUCUACUUCAAACAACUUGGCUUGAACGCGACCCAGUGCGGUUCACUCGGUGGUGUGCGCUCCCUCGUUGAGUGGGUCGGCGCGCCCUUCUGGAGUGGAAUUGCGGAGCGCUGGAAGAAGGGCAAGCUCUUCCUCAUGAUUAGCCUCUUCAGCUGGAUUGUCUUCACUCUCGGCUUGGGCUUCGUUCGACCGCAACCCGAAGGCUGCCUUGUCUCAGUUGCUGGAUCCCGGAGCCACCUGAAGAAUGCGUCCAAGCACGCGCUUGACAUCAGAAUCAUGGAACCCUACCGGGAGGUUACAAGCGAUCGCAUCGAAGCCAUUGAAAUGAAACCUUACUUGGCUGUCUAUGGAAAGACUCGAAUAGGGCAAUCACCACUGCAGCUUGACCUCAAAAAGCUCUUCCACAAUUCUUCAUCUUCCGAUGGUGACUUGGAUUCCAUGAGUAUCGAUCGGAGUGGGCUUCAUGCACGCCUCACCAAUAACGAAGCCUUCGCUGAACCAAGCCACUACCCUGAAGGCAGUCUUGUCAUGCCUCUCUUCUCUACAGUCGUGUAUCGUCAGAGCAAAAUCAAUCAAAUCUUCAUUCUGGCCAUGAUUCUCAUCUGUAUUGGCGCCUUCUUCUCUAGCCCAGCCAUUUGCCUGGCUGAUUCAGCGGUUAUGACGUAUCUGGAAGAAAAUGGCCUCAAUGUGUACGGACGCCAACGGAUGUUUGGCUCGGUAGGUUGGGGUCUGGCGAUGUUCUUUGUGGGCAUUGCGUUGGACCAGUCGCAGAGCUUCCCCGACCACCCUUGUCUUCGUCCGGGGCGUCGCGAGAAGAACUACAUGGUCAGCUUCGCCGUGUUCACCGUCUUCAUGUCCUGUGCCGCGAUCGCGGCAAGCCAGUUCAGCUUCGCGUACGACGGAGCUUCGGAGAGCAUGUACUUCAAGGUGGUGAAGGACAAAGUCGCAAAAACGCUGCGUCGCGGACGCAUGGGGAAAAAUCGUGGCAAACUAGUGAAUGAAGACGACCCUGACGAUGCCUACACCAAGCUGUCCUCAGGGGAACCGACUGUGAAUGCUGAGGCAUCUGCGUCGAAUGAGGACAUUCUGGAACAGCAAUUAGGAAUUAAACUUGAUCGUGGAAGUUUGCACCGAACAGACACGCUCUCAACACUGCCCGCUUCGGACCCGUUCGUAGAGGACUUAGCUGCAACCGCGCAAAUGAAGGUUACCCAGUAUCUUGCUGUUCUAAAGCAAUUCACCCAGCCGCGAUUGGCAAUCUUCCUCUUUGUCACGUGGUUUAUGGGCAUCGGCGCCGGAAUUGUCUUCAACUUCCUAUUUUGGCACCUGCAAGAACUCGGUGGAUCGCCCACUCUCUACGGCAUCGCCUCCAUCAUUAAUUACCUUUCCGAAAUCGUCACUUACUACUUCAGUAAACCGGCCAUUGAAAGAUUCGGCCAUAUAAGGAUUCUAUACCUCGGGCUACUGGUGAACGUUCUGCGGUUCCUCUACGUCUCUUGGAUUGGUAACCCUUGGUGGGUUUUGCCCUUCGAAUUUGUCCACGGCAUAACAAAUGCUGGAAUCUGGGCCGCAAGCUGUUCCUACAUUGCACAGAGCUUUGAGCCGCAGUAUCGGAUUUCAACGCAGGGCGUCCUGCAGGGCUUGAACCACGGUUUUGGCAAGGGUCUUGGAGCCAUUAUUGGCGGUGCCAUCACGACGGCUUACGGCACUGGCAACUUGUUCCGGGCCUACGGGGCUGCUUCGGCUAUCAUCUUGAUCGGUUUCCUUCUGAUAAAUUACCUUGUCAAGGAGAAAGCCGCCUCGGACGAUGAAAAGACUGCAGGGACCGGGGAUGAGGCGAGUCUGGCAACCACCGACCCCCUGGCUAGCCAAAAGGCCUUACUGAAAGGGGGCACUUUCGAUGAGUCGGCAUUCAUGUCACCUGCCGGUACACCCUUCAUUCCCGCCUCACGAACACCGGCUGGGGUGGCUGCGGCUAAAAGCACCAACACCAGUGCUUUCAGUGAACUUGGUCGAAGUAAGCGAAUUACCGUCUGUUCAAUUGUCCGUGUGCGCACGAGUAGGACAUUCUUUAGCAUGGAUUGA